CAGCUGGCUGGGAGGCUGUCGCUGUGCAGCUUUCAGGAGUGAUGCUUUAGGAAAGGGCUGUCUGGAGUGGGGUGCCAGUCAGCAGAAACUGUUUGGCUAAAAAAGGCUGUGUGGCUGCAGUCGCUGCUCUUGGUUAGCCCGGCCGGUGUUCCCCUAAAAGAAAAGAGUCAAUAGAAACCAGGUCAAUGAACUCGGUGUGUGCACAAAAACAUGAGCUCUGUACAAUCCAGGUCUGCUGGCUGCAGCAGUGACAGGCAGGCUGCAUGCAGGCUGCUCAUUAGCACAGUUACUGCAGCUACAGGGAUGAUCAGAGCCUGUAUUGAUCCAACCUAAAAACAGCCAGGAAUGAGCAGCAGCAAACCCAGCAGAGAAUUUCUGGUUCCAGGGGUUUUAGGUAGUUCAAAUGAUGGGGAGAAGCUGCUCCUUUCAAACAUCAAAAGCAAUGUGGUCAGCAGGUCAAGGGAGGUGAUUCUGCCCCCCUACUCAGCUCUCAUAGCACUGCAUCCACAACUGCAUCCAGCUCUGAGGUCCCCAGCACGGAAAGGACAUGGACCUGUUGGAGUGAGGCCGGGAGAGGGACACCAAGAUAUCAAAGGGCUGGAGCGCCUCUCUUAUGAGGAAUAUCUGAAAGAGUUGGAAUUGUUCAUUCUAGGGAAGCAAAGGCUCCGGGGAAACUUACUGCAGCCUUUCAGUAAUAAAAAGAUGCUUAAAAGAAAAACUGGGACAGAAGCUGUGAAACGACAAAGGGAAAAACAAAAUGAAGGAACUAGUGUCAAACAGUACAACCAGUAUUUCUCAAGCCAGGAAAGCUGUGGAGCAAUUAAAAAUGGAAGCAUACAUGGAUAGAAUAAAGGUAUCCAAGGCUGCAGCAGAUUUAUUGGCAUAUUGUGAUGCACACAUUGGAGAAGAUCCCCUUAUUAUUCCUGUACCUGCAUCUGAAAAUCCCUUUAGGGAGAAGAAACUCUUUUGUACUAUCCUUUGAGUCAGUUUUCAAUUAAAAAUGUCAUCUGCUAAAACUUGGUAUCAGUGUUGCAUGCUUUUAGCAUUUUUUUCCUCAGAUGUCAACACUUAGCCCUUAACUACAAUAUUUUUGGAAGGUAGUGCAAUUUUGGCUAAAAAAAUCCCCCUAAAAUAAAAAAAAAAAAUUAAGAAAGAAAAAUUCAAGGUAAUGCUUAUCUUUCAGAACAAUGUACAAGUUUAAUUUCAGUACUUCAUAAACAUUCUUUUGGUCUUAGUGAAAAUACCAAGUACAGUAUCGAAUUGUAGAUAUCUUUGCCAGUAAUAGAUUUUUCUGGGAUCUAAAUGAGUCAAAUCAACUCUUGAAGCUAUUUUUAACAUUCUUAUUUUCUUUGGAAGGUGAAUUCAAUUGAAUUGCCUUUACAAAUUUCUAUCUAAAGAGAGUAGUGUGACCUUUUCCUCAAGUAGCACUAUUUAGGAAAAAGUCCCAGUGAUUUACAAUGUUUAGAGUGAUUGGUCUUAUACAGUAAGUGGUGUCUAUAAAUAUGUUUUCUGAAGACUGUUUUUUCUUGACUACAAAAGCAAUCCUAGUAAAGUGCCAUUGUAGCUACCAGCAGAAUGAAGAUGUAUAGUUACACAUCAGGACUGCAUCAAUAAAAAUGUAGAAAAAUGUG